AUGGAAAUGGAAAAAGACUUUUCCAGUGGAGAUGAUAAUGAAUACGAAGAUUUAGAGGAAAACCAAAUAAGUAAUGAUGAUGAAUAUGAGGAUUUAAAAAAAAACUUAGUGGAUUUUGAAAAAAUUUUUAGUAAAUACAAAAAUCUAGAAAAAGAUUUGGAAAGUGUAAUUGAAGAAUCAUCUAUACAAAGUGAAUUGAAUAAUGGUGAACCUUUAUUUGAAAUAGAUCGUGAUGCACUUGCAAAUGCGAAAAAAUUUGCUCAACAAAAUGUCUCAAACGAAGAUGAAGAUGAAUUUUCUGAAACAGAAUCUGGUGAAGAGCAUGGAGAAGAGUAUGAUGAACAUGAUGAAGUUAUUUCUGAAUUACAGGACAAUGAAACAUUGAGUCCAUGUGUUAUAAUUGAUAUAUUUGAGGGUAAAAUUCAAAGAUGUAAUUCCAAAACAAAUUUGAGGCGCCUUUGGCAAAUGAUUGUAAAAUUUGAUUAUAAUACACAUAAAAAACUUAAUCCUAAAAAUCUUACACCAAAACAUUUCUUUGAAUUUGGAAAGGUAUUGGCAAAUUCAACAAUACUUGCAAAGCAUAAAUUAAAAGCACACAAAAAGUCACUUGAAGCACCUGCUUCUUUAGAAGAAUAUAGUGCAACAUUUCCUCUAUGUUUAGUGCAAUUUUAUGAUGGUCUUUUAACAACUUUAUAUGAGACAAAAAAAAGAAAAUUAGAUCGACAAAAAAAAUAUUAUAAACAACAACCUAAACCAUUAAAUUAUGAAAAAAUUACUAAACAGAUAACCUUUUUUGUUUCAAUAAUUUUAAAUAUUGCAUUUAAAGGAUGGAAAAUCUGGUUACCUAGAACAAUGGCAAGUCUUUGUCGUAAACCAAAACUUCUAUCAUCUUUACAAGAAAUUUUAAAUAUAGUUAAUAUUACUAGUCAUACUUUAAGACAUGAGCGUAAUUUGGAGAAAAUUCGUGCAUUAUUAGCAAAUCCAACAGACAGGAUUCAUUAUAAUGAAAAUAUUUGGAAUCUUGGUAUAAUAGAUAAUGUGGAUUUUAAGAAAUCUACAUUUGGUUAUGAAAAUAUAUUUGAUGCAACUAGAGGACAUUCACAUGCUAAUCUGCGUAUGUUAUUUCAAUUUCAAAUGCCUGAAUCACUUAAUACUCUUGAAUUACAAGAAAGAGCACAAAAUCAACAACCAUUACUUUUUGGACAAAAUUCUUAUUCUGAACAAAAAUUAAAUAUUUUUAAUUCAGUUUUUGAAAAAUUACUUGCAUUCGAUGAAAAUACUUUUACAUAUCAGACAAAUUUUGAUGGAUAUGAUAUACGUAAUCAGAUUAUGAAAUAUUAUAAAAUUGGUUGUGAUUUUCCCACUCCUAAUAUUAUUAUUCUUGAUGCCGGUGAUCCACCAUCAAAUGAUCUUGCUGUACAUAAAUGUUUAAAAAUGUAUCAAAAUGAAAUUGAUUCAGAAUAUAUUAAUGUUGUUGCAGAUAAAGCAAUUUUUAGAAGAAGUAUUAGUUAUUGUAAAAAAAAUGAAAAAACAAAAAUGAUUCUUGGACAAUGGCAUACAAAUAAGGAUAUGAUGUCUACAUUAAUCACAAUUUUUUCGGGGUAUGAAAUAUUUAAUAUGGCAGGAAUAUUGGGUGUGCAAUUUUUGGAUAAAUUAGAAAAAUGUGUAGAUUUUAGAGCAACUUCAAGAGUAUUAGAACUGAUUUGGGUUUCAGUUGAAAAUAAUCCUCAACUUCGUGCAAUGCUUCGCACAGCACCGACUGUAAAUUUAACAAAUCCUGGGCAUUUUUUUGCCUAUGAUGAGGCUUUAGAAACAUUUGGUGUCAAAUUUGUAAAACAAAAUAUAACACGAAUUACAACAGAUAAAGAAGAAUUAAAGUUAAGAAUUAGAGCUACACAAUUAGAAAAGGAUCGAACUGACAUGCUGCUUUGUGAUUAUAUUGGUGAUAAUGUUAAAAGUUCUCAACAACGUAAUGUUCAAUCUCGAAAAAAUAAAGUUUGGGAACUUGCACAUUUAUUAAUUGAUGUUUUUGAAUCAUUAGAUCUUUUUAAUCAUCCAAUAUUUGAGUUCUGUAAAAAUUUAAAUCAAGAAGAAAUCAAUCAAUUAGUUACUGUAUAUGAUAUUGUUGCUGAAAUUGCUAGAAUGAAAAAGGAAAAAAAGGAAGAAGAAAGAGAAGAAAAAAGAAAAGAAAAAGAAAAUAAAAGAGGUAAAGGUAGAGGAAGAGGACGAGGAAGAGAUAGAGGAAGAGGUAGAGGCAAAAGAAGAGGAAGAGGUAAAGAUAGAGGAAGUGGAAGUGAAAAGGAAUAGGAUAAUUAAUAAAAGCGAAAAUAUAAAAUAAUAAUACUUGAAUAUAGGUACAUAGAUUACAUCUGAUUCAGCAUCAUGCUGAGUAUUAUGUAUGCUUAAUAUUUAAUAAAAUUAUUUUUUCAUUUGCACAAAAA